AUGGCCUAUUCGAUCUUUCGAUUACUCCGACUCCUUUCUCUCCUCUCUUUCCUCCUUAAUUCUACCUAUGCUUUCUGCGGACACAGCAGCAAUAGUUCAGACCGAGCGGCUCUCCUGGCAUUUAAGGCCGAAAACGACGGAGAUAAUGUUCUCAGCAACUGGAAUGAGACAACUAACUUUUGCAGCUGGAAAGGUGUUAAGUGCUACGACGGACCCAUACUCGACCUGUGGUUGAGGAAUUUCUCUCUACACGGUCCAAUAUCGCCUUUUCUGUCAAAUCUUUCGUGCCUUCGAGCACUCGACCUAUCGGAAAAUUCCCUCGAAGGGCCUAUUCCGGUAAGCCUCGGAGCUUUAGCUUCACUGUUGAUUCUUGACCUUAGUGCUAACAUGAUAGAGAGUGUGAUACCAAGAAGCUUUGGCAUGCUUAAAAGCCUUCAAUACUUGAACAUUGCUCGCAACCGUCUUCGCGGCAAACUCCCUACCACUUUGUUCUACAAUUGCACCCAGCUGAAUGUCGUGGAUCUUUCCGCAAACAAUCUCCACGGUUCGCUCCCUCGACUCGUAGGAAGCCACCUUCGUGAUCUCGAAUAUCUUAUACUCGAUUCGAAUAACUUCACGGGUAGUUUACCUGAUUCUCUAUCUAAUCUGACAAAAAUCAAGAUGUUAGAGCUCGACGCGAACUUUCUUAGUGGCCCAUUACCAUCUGAUUUAGUAGCUUAUAUGCCUCAGCUGGAGAUAUUGCAUCUUUCCUACAACAAUUUGUUGUUUGAUGAAUCGGGCUCGAGCUUAACCGAAUUCUUUGCCUCCAUUUCGAACCUGACCCAUCUCGCAGAGCUGGGGCUGGCGGGAAAUCUAAUCAAAAGUUCACUACCGACAAACAUUGGCCUUAUCCAUACAAAUCUCUCACAAGUUUUUCUCCAAGAUAAUCUCAUAUACGGCCCGAUUCCGCCGAGUUUAUCGAACAUUUCCACUCUAACACUUGUGAACUUAUCUUGCAACUUCUUGAAUGGGACUAUCCCACCGGGGCUACUUCGCCUACCGAAGUUAGAAAGGCUAAUUUUGUCUAACAAUCGUCUAGAAGGCGAAAUUCCCCCUAUCGAAAUCUCGACGAAUCUUGGAUUAUUAGACCUAUCGUCGAAUCGACUUUCCGGGCAGAUCCCGGAGUCCAUUUCAAAUUUGAAUCAGCUGCGGUAUCUGGUACUCAACAGGAAUUCGCUUGUCGGAUCCAUUCCUUCGAGCCUCGGCGGCAUGAAGCUGGAGUGGUUGGAUCUGUCCCAAAACCAACUUAGUAGAUCAAUACCAGAAGAAGUUUCAGGGUCAAGCACUAAGCUUAGAUAUUUAAAUUUGUCCAGUAAUUUGCUGAAUAGAAUCUUUCCAGUUGUUUUCAGUAACAUGGACCAAGUUCAGGUGAUUGAUUUGUCGAAAAAUAAUCUGAGUGGGAUCAUUCCUCCAAGCAUAGGAAGCUGUAGUGAGGUUGAGAUUCUUAACUUAUCUCAUAAUUCUCUUCGAGGACUUAUUCCUGUGACUCUCAGCAAUCUGAAAAGCCUCCAAGCAUUGGAUGUUUCCUUCAACCAACUUUCUGGUGAAGUUCCAGCCUCUCUUCUGCAGUGCAGCAGCCUCAAAAAUCUCAAUCUCUCGCACAACAGCUUGAGCGGGAAGCUGCCGCAAGGCAGCCUCUUCGAUUCCUUACCGUUCGAUUCGCUCGCGGGAAACGAGUUCUGCGGGCCGAGAGGGUUCCCUCGCUGCCCCGUGGCGGACGAAUCCGUAACGCAUUCUCACGGAUUGUUGGUUUCGGUUGUUUGUAUCGUAUCUGCCUCGCUUUUCCUACUGACGGUUUUCUUUGCAGCACGGCAGAAUAAAGUCAGAAGCGCGACAGACUCGAGAAGGAACGUGCUGGACUUAGCUGUCAGCCAUAGAAGAAUAACUUACAGAGAGCUGUCAGAAGCUACAGGAGGCUUCGAAGGGAGCAGAUUGAUCGGCAGCGGUAGCUUCGGAAGAGUGUAUAAAGCCAUACUGAACGACGGUAGUUUCGUUGCGGUGAAAGUACUGCAGCUGCUAUCGAGCAACUCUACAAGAACUUUCCGAAGAGAAUGCCAAGUUCUGAAGUGUGUAAGGCACAGAAACUUGAUGAGGAUCAUAACGGCAUGCGUGCUCGAAGAUUUCAAAGCUUUGGUGCUCCCUUACAUGACUAAGGGGAGCUUAGAGAGCCUGCUGCAUCCGCAGAUACGCGAAAGUGCUUCUGCUGCCAGCCAUCUGAGCUUAACUGAAAGAGUAUGCAUAUGCAGUGAUGUAGCUGAGGGAAUGGCUUAUCUGCACCACCAUGCUCCAGUGCAGGUCAUACACUGUGAUCUGAAGCCAAGCAAUAUUCUCCUUUCUGAGGACAUGACAGCUUUGGUUUCAGACUUUGGAAUAGCCAAGCUGGUUGAGGCUGCUGCAGGAGGAAGCACUUCUGCAACUUCAGCGAGCUCGACGGCCAAUUUGCUUCGCGGUUCGGUCGGUUAUGUAGCUCCAGAAUACGGAUACGGCAUGAGCGCUUCGACAAAGGGUGAUGUCUACAGCUUCGGAAUUGUCGUCUUAGAAACGGUGACGAGGAAGAAACCGACCGACGAAAUGUUCGACGAGCUGAUCAGCUUGCCGAACUGGGUGAAGAACGAAUACCGGAGAAAUUUGGACCGCGUUAUCGACCCCUCUCUUCUGACGGAUUUGUUAGGUCAGGAUGCGAGGACCAAAGUUACGUGGGAAGUCGUGAUUACGGAACUGAUUGAUUUGGGCCUUCUCUGCACUCAAGAGGUGCCCUCGACGAGACCCGCCAUGAUCGAUGCUACCGACAAUCUGAACAAGCUAAAACAAUACCUAGCUGUCAAUACAAUGAGAGCCACUCGAUCAACACGUGAAAUAUCAUCAUCUAAAUUUGCAGGAGGAGAUUAUUGA